AUGUCACGGUACCUCGGCUGCUUGCUUCUGGUCUUGGCGCAGGCAGUCGAGGAGUCGACCCUAGAUGGCGCGUUGGUCCGGCGGCAUGGGCACGGCUGGCACGGCUACGAGGCCGUAGUCAGUGCUGCUGGCGACCUCAGCCGUGGACAUGCGGGCAGGCAGCGUGGCCGGCAGGUUCAGGCCAGUGUCACCGCAAGGUCCGGGAGGAGGGAUCUUGUCUCCUUUGCGGCUACGCCUGCGGUGGCGACACUUGAGGAGGAGGGCGAGUUUGGUGCUCCAGCACCCACCCCUGCCUCCACUUUCGUGUCCGCGAACACGCUGACACCGCCACCGGGCUUUCCAGGCUUUCCAGGCUUGCUCGCCUUCUCUAGCAAAAGCUUCGUUCCGGCGCCGGUGCCCUUGCAAGCGACUUCCGUAGCGCCAGAGAGCGGCAAGAAAAGGCCGACACGCACGAAGCACCAAACGCCCAACGCGCCGCAACCGACGCCGCACAAAGCGCAGCCGACGCCGACGUCGACGUCGGUGCCGCACCGCAUGGCUCCCUCCACGCUGGCCCUGCUUCUGCUGCUGAGUGCCUUCUUGGGCUUCCUUGUAGUCUGGCGCCAAGCGAGGGUCCUCCUCAACAAGCCCCGUGGCGACUUCCGCGAAGAGGUGGCCAAGGCACUGAGCCGACGUUCCCGGCGGGAUCUCAGCGACCGGGAUUUGCCGCGCUCCAGCCAGGAGGAGAUCCCGGCGCCAGAGCCGCCGCUUGAGGCAGAGGACGGAGCAAGCCCUGGAAGCUCUGGAGAGGCCGAGGUGUCGCAGAGAGGUCGAGAUCCGGAUAGCCUUCAGGCCACAGCCAAGGCUGUCUCCGGGCCCUCUGCGGGGAGCAGUGAGCUGGAGGAGGAGCCAGAGGAGUUGCAAGCGGAGGCGGAUGCAGCGGGCGGCCGCCGCAGGCCCUGA